UUAGUUGAUUGAAUUGCUAGUUACAUAUCAAAGUGGGAUGUGCUUGCGGCUUAAAAGCUUAAAAGUUUCAAGGUUGCUCAAUAGCACGAGAUUGCCCGAUCUUAAGAUUGUCAGAGAUGAAACUUCCUAUCCUAAUAUACCAUUUUAGCGACAUAUAGAAUCAUUCCCCACUUCCUUAGCCCCCUCUAGGACUCGCUGCUUCGAUAGAAUUUCCCCCCACCUUUUACUAAGUGCAUAUGUCGAUACCGUCGUACCUGCCUAGGUAGGACCCUUUCAACUCCGGCACGCACCGAGGUACGAGUGGACCUACUAGGAUUUGGCAAAUUGUCCCCUGAAGACGAAGAUGGGGCCCUAAAUACUUCAUUUCUGUUAACCGGAACUCAAUCGCUUCAAUUUUAAAACUAAACAUUCAAACAUACUAAAGUUUAUUUCACUUAAUUUAAACAAUAUUUCCAAUAUAUUCUUUUAAUUAUAAAGACCUAUAUUCAGAGCUCGAUCUUAUUUUAGAACGAACCAAUUUGAUAGAAAACAACAGCAGCCAAUAUGGAAUGGGUUGGAGAGUGGUUUGGAAGGGCGAGGAUCAAUUAUCUUCACCCGCAAAAGUCGCUGAACAUAAAAGAGAAAGACGGCAAAUCAAGAACUUUGGCCGAGAUAUGUAAAUCAACUGUUCCGCCAUGCUAUCUUAACCCAUUAUUAUUCAAUGGACACGCGCAGACAAUGUGGACGGCUGCUAAAGCCCACGGGCCACCUCUUCACUACAAACGAAGGAUUUUCGAAGCAGACCACGAGGAGUUUAAUGGCAGCUAUGUUGUGGACUUCGCUGUGACGGAUCCCGUCUUGAUUAAGGAACACGAAGCGGACGAAACUUUACCCCCACGGACAGCGUACUUCUCCGAGAAAGAGCUCGAUAACAUGGGUUCUGACGACGAACGACCUAUGCUCGUUAUCCUCCAUGGACUUUCUGGUGGCUCUCAUGAGAUAUACCUCCGGUACGCCCUCGCUCCGCUUAUUGAGAGUGGGAAAUGGGAGGCAUGCGUGGUCAUUUCAAGAGGCUGCGCCAACAGCAAGAUCACCACGGGCCUGCUUUAUAAUGCCCGUGCUACAUGGGAUGUCAGACAGACUGUGAAGUGGCUUAAGAAGACAUACCCCAAUCGGCCGCUAUUCGGCCUAGGUUUCUCGCUGGGUGGCUGCAUACUCACUAAUUAUCUUGGUGAAGAAGGCUCCGCGACCCCACUGAAAGCGGCAGUCGUGGUUGGGAAUCCCUGGGCCCUGAACAUAUCGGCCAAAAUGUUGCAGAAGACAUUCAUUGGACAUCACAUUUACCUAAAGGUCCUUGGUGAUGCUAUGAAAGCCUUGGCGUCGCGGCAUAAGGAUGAACUCGACAAGUACACAAAUAUAGAUACAGAUAACCUUCUAAAUCUGAAGUACCUGUAUGAAUUCGACAGGGCCUACCAGUGCGCCACUUGGGGGUACCCCACCGAAGAAGCUUACUAUAGAGACGCAUCUAGUUCGGAUUCGCUGUUAGCCGUGCGAAUUCCGUUUCUCGCAAUCAACGCUCUAGACGACCCCAUCGCCUCUUCGAUGGCUCUUCCUGAAGCUGAGGCGAGGCAUAACCCUUGGGUUGUGCUUUGCACCACGUCUCUUGGCGGUCAUCUGGGCUGGUUUGAGCCUAAUGGGGGACGAUGGCACGGAAAACCCAUUUCCAACUUUCUAAAUCAUAUGGCGUUUGAGGUAGACCUCGAUAGCAUCGACAAUGGCGUCAACGUAAAACGAACGUCAGGAGUUCCUGAGUCUGGAACCAACUUUGACCCUAUGCGACGCAAGAUGCAUGUGAAUCUAAAUAAAUGAAUCGCAUCUAGAACAAGUACAUUUUUAGAUAUAAUAAGCUAACCAUAUGUCGCAUAUAAUCGAUAUGCAUUAUAUACAUAGAACUUAUGGUAGGGUAUCAAUAGGAAGGAGCCCUGGUUUUGGAUAGGGAUUAGACAUGCAGUA